CGGGGCGGCGGCGCGUGCGCAGUGCGCAGUGCGGCGGCGGCGCGGUGCGGGAUGGAGGUGGCGCGCGCGGGGCGCUCGGCGGGCAUGGCGCGCGAUGUGCUGCAGCGGGCGCGGCGGCGCUCGGCGGGCGCGUUCCCGGCGCCGGUCAGUGCCGUGCGCGCACCCGCGGGACACGCGCACAGAUACGGACAGAGACCGGGAGAUGCACGGAGAUGCACGGAGAUACAUCUCCGACCGAGACCGGGAACGCCUCAAUGCAGCGUUCGCUUCGAUUUUGAAUUUGAUGAGAGAAGUCUCAAAGGAGUGCGAGAAGUGCUAUGGGUCUAUGGCAGCCAACAAGUGCAAGGAGAAUGAAAUCAAACACUUCUGCAAAUACCAUGGCAAGUCAGUAGAAAGAAGGGUGGAUCCCACAGAAGAAGAGAGGACUGAAGGUUCUGUAGAACCCAGCCAAGCUCAAACUUGCCAGCAAAGGCCCAGAAGACCUUCCAAAGAUUUCUACAUUGAAGUUUCUCCUGGCAUCUAUUCUGUCACAGCAAUCUCAGAAGACAUGGUGGAACAAACCCAUGUAGUAGAUGUCAAUGCAGGACAAAGUGUUGAUUUAACUUUUGUUCUGUGAUAUUUGUUGUUUCCUGGCAAUAGCAGGAAUAAAACAUGAGGCUUUUUUUUUAAUGCGUGUAAUGAGCUAUAAGUGUAUUUUUCUUGUUAGCACUUUAAUAGCACCUUCCUCUUUGGGACUCCAUUUUUAUGGCCUGUACAUUUGUUUUCUAGUUAAUGCAAUUAUAUGCAGCCCACUUUGUACACUGAUUUUUAUAAAUAUUUGUACAGUGUGUGCCUUUUAAAUCCAAUUAUGUGACUGUAAUUCCAGAUUCUUCUGCUCUAAACAAUUAAAGAUACAAUCAGUGAAA